CCCAGCUUUGUAAAAAUAAUUGUGUUAUUGGGAUAAUUGUAAAGACAUUCCGCACUGAUUGCUAAUUGGAAAAUUUAAAUAACCUUGUUGAUAUCGAAUAUCAUCCCCAUUGAUUUCAGAUCAGUAGGAAUUCAUUGGACACGACAAUACGGGGGCUAUGUGACACCGUCCUGUUGUCAGUUCGACAUAGAUCACUGAGAUUGGAAUAAGUGUUUAUUUUUACAUCAGACCCAUUCAUUAAAUGAAUGAGAUAAGAAUGAUAUAUCUGGGCAGUCAGUCGUGUCCCUUUUGCCCAAUGUUAAAUUGUAGAGGUAGAGUCCGACCUCUUUUUAAAGGCUUUUGAAAAAUUAGACAAAAGAAAGAUGUACGCGUAGGAGAAAUUGUGGAACUCUUACAUACACUAUGAAUAGGAAUUUAUAGACUGUUUAAAACUCCAUACAACGGAGAAUUAUGCGUGGAAAAGACGGAUUUAAAUACGUUUAUCUUUGGGACAUGUUUAUACCGGUAUAAGAGGAAAAUAUGGGUCAUUAUUGACUUUUUCUUUGUGAAACACUGCGCAAAUGCAUCAACAAUUUCAGGUAUAUGCCCUAUUAAUUCAUGGAAGAUUUUGAAUGUAGUCGUGGUUGGAUAUCUGUGAUCUGUUUGUGUUAAAUGCAAUUGUUUUUGGUGGUCAAGUUGUUGAGUAUGAGAUAAUGGCGACAUCGCAAAACCAGGAACCGGUCACAAAUGGAUUCCAGAAUGGCAAUAGUCUCACGGAGCGUAUGAAUAAAUACAAAGUGGAUGACGAAAAAGACACAACAGAAAGUACUUCUUCUGGAGAACAAAGUUCGCCUCUCUUUAAGGAUGAGGCAGAAAGACUGAAACAUUUACAGAAGAUCCGGGCUUCUCCUACCAGCUCAGCAGCUUCUAGGAUAAGAAAUAAAACCCGGAGUUACGAAGUUCUCAAUCUUCAAAAUGGGACUCAGACAUACGACAAUCUCGGAGUGGUUCAAAGCUCAGCACCAAAGAUCCCAUCAAGGGCAGCAGCACUAGAUCUUCCCCCAUUAGUUAUUCCGAAGGACGGCAACCUGCAGAGUUUCAGUGUGGACGAAAUGGCUACAUUUUUCAGGUACAUGAGAGUGAAUGAAGAAAUAGUUCAGAGACUUCAUCGAAAGGAAAUGGACGGCAGGAAGUUCGGGAAACUCAAGGACAAAACACUGGAAGACUUACAAAUCAAAAAUCCAAUUCUGCUUCAUUUCAGGGACAGAUCGAGCAGAGAUCGAAUCGGUUUCAUGUUAUAGGAAUAAUGCCAUUUACUGAAGUGGAAGUGAUUAGGGAAAAUCAAUGUGAUACUUUCAUAGUGCCUGAUAUUAUUACAGAUAUUUACAUUAAUAAUCAUAAUAUAUCGUUCAUUAACAAUUCAAUUUUGCCGAAGGGUGAUUUUCUGCUUUACAGUGACAAAAAUCAGUGUUUUGAGAGAGGUGAACAGAAAGUUUCGAAUUGAGCUUUAAGUAUAUAUUUAUAAGAGUGUCCUUUCAAAAUCUGUUGUAUUUAUACUUCAUGUGAAAAAUAUAUAUUUUUUUUAUUUGGGUAUUAUUUUGUGAGCUCAAUGCUCCUUGUACCUCUAGUUUAUAUAUCAGUACAUUUGAAUUGUAUAUUAUUUAUUUUGGUUAUAUAUCUGCAGUUUGAAUGUUAUUUAUACCUUGUUUAAUAUUGCAGUUUACUUUUAAGGUCAUUGAAUACUCAGUAUACCGGUAUCCUGUCUACUACUUAAUGUGCAUGUGUUCAUAAAUAACCAUUUAUAUUCAUACAUUUGUCCAUAUAUUAUUCGACUUUCUUUCACCCAGAAUAAUUUCUGUGGGAAUGUUCUUUAAUAGAUAUUACCGGUAAAUACAUAAAAAUCUAAUCACAAAGUCAACAAUAGGAAAACUUGUCAGUAAAAUCUUUUCUCAUAACAUCAUCUGAAAAUCAGAUAACACUCUUUCGUGUUGCCUUUGAAAUAAAAUGCUUCUUCUAUAA